AAAAUAAUGAUAAAAGGAAAAGGAAGCUUAACCUCCUUCAAUAUUUUGAAGUGGGGGAAAUCUAGUAUUGAUUUUCAUAGAUUGUUGCUGCUGCUCUUAAUCUGAGUGAGACCUGUAAGAGAUCACAACAAUGUCAACGCAGGGAAAGACGGAUUCCGACGACACGAGCUUUGCUGCGUCGUCACCUCGCCGGCCGCUGUACUUCGUUCAAAGCCCAUCAGGAGACUCCCACGAUGGCGAAAAAACUAGCAUGUCGCUCCACUCCACUCCGGCGCUCAGCCCCAUGGGCUCGCCACCUCACUCCAACUCCUCCCUCGGCCGCCACUCCUCCUCCACCCGCUUCUCCGGCUCCGGUAAGACGUCCACCAACGGCGGCCACCACCGGAAGGGUGAGAAGCCAUGGAAGGAGUUUGACAAGAUUGAAGAGGAGGGCCUUCUGGAAUUUGAUGGAGCACGACGCCGUCCCUCUCCUCGCUGCUAUAUCAUCGCUUUUGUCGUCGGUUUCUUCCUCCUUUUCUCUCUUUUCUCAUUGAUUCUAUUGUGUGUGAGUAAAUCCCACAAACCCACCAUCACUAUGCAGAGCAUUAGGUUUCAGCAAUUCUCCAUUCAAGCUGGUGUAGAUUCCUCAGGUGUACCCACAGAUAUGGUCUCGGUGAACACCAUUGUGAAGUUCAAGUUCCGCAACACCGCCACAUUCUUCGGACUCCACGUCACAUCGACACCUCUACACCUCUCCUUCUCCCAACUCAAUGUCGCCACCGGAAUGAUGCAGAAGUUUUAUCAACCAAGAAACAGCCAUAAAACGAUCAAAGUGAUAGUGAGGGGAAGCAACAUUCCUCUGUACGGCGGAGGGGCCAGCCUGAACAUUUCAAAUGGCACAGUGAGUGGAGCAGUGCCAUUGACACUGAGCUUCACGGUUCGGUCGAGAGGAUACGUGCUGGGGAGACUGGUGAGACCCAAGUUCUACCUGAGGAUGAAGUGCCCAGUGGCCAUGGACUUCGGUAACCCCAAAAAGAAGGUUUCCAUUCCACUAAAGGAUUCCUGUACAUACCGCCGUUGAAAUGAGAGAGCGUGAGCGAGUGACAUGCAGCCUGCUAUUACUUCUGAAUCUCAAAUGACUGGUGUUUUUAGUUUUAUUUUUAUUUUAACUUUUAUUUAGGUUUCCAUGGAAUUGGAGAUUUUAAGAAAAAUUAUUAAAUAUGUUUUUUACUUGGAA